UUUCAUCCCAUUAACACUAUCACCUUGUAUUUCCUCACACGCUAACUUAGCUUUACACAUCUCCAUCUCUCCCAACUAGAAUAUCAUCUCCAUCAACAACAAAAUCACAAGCAUUUCACGGAAGCGAUAUGGGUGUAUGUUUCUCUGUUAUGAUCAGUCCCGACAUGAACGAUAACAAAAUAUCUGCAGCAUCAACAGCAAACAUCGUCACCGUUAAAGGAGAGUUUCGACAAUUCGUUACACCAAUUUCUGUCUCUCAAGUCCUCGAGCAACUCGAGUCCUCGCCUUCCGAAUCAUUUGUAUGUAAUUCGGAUAGUUUGUACUACGACGAAGCCAUCCCCGCUUUGAAAUCGGAUCAAGAAUUACAGCCUGGCGAGAUUUAUUUUGUAUUGCCGAACUCGAAACUUCUAUAUCCUUUGACCGCAUCAGAAAUGGCCGCACUUGCGAUUAAAGCAAGCGCCGCUCUUUCGAGUAGUAAAGCCAGUAGGUCUCGCAUAUCUCCUCUUUUGUCGAUUGAAGUGGACGAGAAGGUUAACGAAAAUUCGGUUUCUGACGGGAUCGUAAAGACGAAAAAGAAGGGCGGUGGUUUAGAUAAGCAACAUGAUAUCGGAAUAUCGAGAUCAGGGUCUAUAAGGAAGCUGCAGAGAUACUCUUCUCGGCGGGUUAAGUUGGCGGCUCGUUCGUUUAGGCUUAAGCUGAAUACUAUUUACGAAGGUUCAGUUCUUGUGUAUUGAUGAAAUUUUCGUAGAUAUUUCAGUUUAAUCUAAACUUAGUUAAUAGUGAAUAGUGAAUACGGUGCUAGCUGAAAUUGUAUCCUGUUAAAAUUUGCGAACAGGGCUGGCCAAAAUGAUAAAUGUAUAGUUACGAUAUAAAAAAAAAGACUAUCUACGACUGUGUUAUGCAUCGAUCGGUUGUUUAUCUGAUGUUGUGCGAUUAAUAGAGAUUAAAUGUUUUUUUUUGCA